AUGCCUACUGGCAGGAGCAAGAAUCCCGAUUUAACCAGUAGGUCAGAGAGGCUUUGCUGCGAACCCUUGGUGGGUGUGGCAUGGAAUAGACGUCAGGGUCAAGCGUUUCAUCCCGCCAAACCCCCAGCUGUUUGUCACGGCUUCUUGCAUACGAAGUCUGGCGCAAAUCAGAUCCUAGCGCAUGCCGUGGAUGAAAGGUCUGAUAUACAAGACGGCAUGGUUGCAGAAAAUGCAGGAAGCCGAAAUGGCCAUGAGCUUCGCGCUCGGACCUCGAUUGCAACGAACGAGCAUUAUUCCCAGGGUUGUUGGGGCGCAGCGAGUGCUGAGUUGUCCCAUCACCAACCACUCGAUGGCAGUACGGUUCCCGUCAUCAUCAAUGCAUCUAGACUUCAAGUACUAUCAUGUGCCAGGGAAGCUAUAUCAAACGGGUUGGAGGGUAGACCAGGGGUUGCGGCUGCCAGGAUCAACGAGACUGCCGACAACCCAUGA